AUGGCGAUUUGGACGAAGACCCUCCAAGACUGUCUCAGCAAGGUCUGCUCGGGCCGCAACGACUGCGUCCACUUCGACGGCCACAGCUCGCUGGAAUACUUCACGCAGUGGCUGCGCCCGCUCAACCUCGCCUACCUGUUCACGCCCACCGCGGUGGUACGGCCCAAAACCGCCGCAGAAGUAUCGGCCGUCGUGAAAUGCGCCGCCCAGGCAGGCGUCAAGGUGCAGGCAAAAUCAGGGGGUCACUCUUACGGCAACUACGGCCUCGGGGGACAGGACGGCUCGAUAUCGGUCGACCUGCGCAACUUCCAGGACGUCUGGGUCAACACGUCGGCGAGCUCGUGGCAGGCGCACAUCGGGGCUGGUGGGAAGCUGGGCGACAUUGACGAGAAGCUGGCGCCCCACAAGCGGGCCUUUGCCCAUGGCAUCUGCCCCGGUGUGGGCAUCGGCGGCCAUGCGACUAUUGGUGGCCUUGGUCCCAUGUCGCGCAUGUGGGGAUCGUGUCUCGACCAUGUUGAAGAAGUCGAAGUCGUCACGGCGGACGGUAGGAUCCUCCGCGCAAGCAACACGCAGAAUUCGGAUCUCUUCUGGGCUCUCAGGGGAGCCGGAGCGAGCUUCGGCAUUAUCACCAAGUUUGUCAUGAAAACACACCCAGAGCCGGUGCAGGUGGUCGACUACAUCUACAACUUCCAGUAUAGCCACCUGGACGAGAUGGUCGACUUCUUCAUCGGGUGGCAGAAUCUUGUGGCCGACCCAAACCUCGACCGCCGGCUGGGGACCGAGUUCACGCUGCAUCCGCUGGGGGCGCGCGUGUCGGCAACAUGGUACGGAACCGAGGCCGAAUUCAAGAAGUCGGGCAUCUUUGACCGCCUGCCCAGCGGCAACGAUAGCAUCGCCAUUAGGGAGGACACGUGGAUCGGACACCUGUACAAGGCGGCGCAGAAGGAGGCACUCAAGCUGGGCGACAUCCCCAACCCCUUCUACGCCCGGAGCCUCGGCUUCACGCGCCGCGACCUGCUCUCCCGGGCACAGACCAAGGAGCUAUUCCAGUGGGUUGACAGCGCGCCCAAGGGGACCCUCGCGUGGUUCAUCAUAUUCGACGCGUCGGGCGGCAAGGUGGCCGACGUGGCCACCAACGCGACCGCCUACGCCCACCGCGACAAGAGCUUCUUCUACCAGUCGUACGCCAUCAACGUGCUGAAGGUCUCUAGUAGGACCAAGGCCUUCUUGGACCACUUCCACCAGAAGCUGCUAAGCUACCUGCCCGCCGACGAGCUACACGGCACCUACCCAGGCUACGUCGACCCAUAUCUCGCCAACGGGCAGCAGGAGUACUGGAUGAGCAACUUGCCCGCCCUCGAGGCUAUCAAGACCCGGUGGGACCCCAACGACGUCUUUCACAACCCGCAGAGCGUCCGACCGCUACCGAAGAAGUCUGAAUAG